GCGAGCCGGGGCGGGGGGAGGAGGAGAAUGGAGUAGCGGAGCAAUACAGAGGGGGAGAAAAUAUUAGCGAGGGGAGAGCGAGCAGUGACUUUCUCAAAGAGGAAACUGCAGGAGGGGGCAAUAAGGAGGAAUAAUGCUCUAGAGGAAGGAGGCUGAUUUAUCGCACAGAGAAUCAGCAGCACCUAUAGAAACUGACAUCCUGCUGCAGUGCCGCUACCUUCGCUGACUGAUACUGUCAAUGGAGCUGGAAAAUAUUGUGGCCAACACUGUCUUGCUGAAAGCCAGGGAAGGGGGUGGAGGAAAGCGCAAAGGCAAAAGCAAAAAGUGGAAGGAAAUCUUAAAAUUCCCUCACAUUAGCCAGUGUGAAGAUCUCCGAAGAACAAUAGAGAGAGAUUAUUACAGUUUGUGCGACAAGCAGCCAAUCGGAAGGCUUCUCUUUCGGCAGUUCUGUGAAACUCGACCAGAGCUUGAGUGUUGCAUUAGGUUCCUUGACUCAGUGGCAGAGUAUGAAAUUGCUCCAGAUGAAAAACUGGGAGAGAAAGGGAAGGAAAUCAUGAUGAAAUACCUCACCCCUGAGUUCCCAGUUUAUGUUGCAGAAGUCAGUCAAGAUCUUGUCCAGCAGACUGAGGAAAAACUUGAAAUCAGCCCCUGCAAAGAGCUGUUUUCUCACUGUGCAAAAUCUGUCCUUGACUACCUAAGUGGAGAGCCAUUUCAAGAAUACCUAGACAGCAUGUACUUCGAUAGGUUUCUGCAGUGGAAGUGGUUGGAAAGGCAACCAGUAACGAAAAACACAUUUCGGCAGUACAGGGUACUAGGAAAAGGUGGUUUCGGGGAGGUCUGUGCUUGCCAAGUCCGAGCGACGGGGAAAAUGUACGCCUGCAAAAGAUUAGAGAAGAAGAGAAUAAAAAAGAGGAAAGGCGAAUCCAUGGCACUAAAUGAGAAGCAGAUUUUAGAAAAAGUCAAUAGUCAAUUUGUAGUUAACUUAGCCUAUGCCUAUGAAACAAAGGAUGCACUGUGUUUAGUUUUGACCAUAAUGAAUGGGGGUGACUUGAAGUUCCAUAUCUACAACAUGGGAAACCCAGGCUUUGAAGAGGAGAGAGCUCUGUUUUAUGCAGCAGAGAUUCUUUGCGGCUUGGAAGACCUGCAUAGAGAAAACACUGUGUACAGAGAUUUGAAACCAGAAAAUAUCCUGUUAGAUGAUUAUGGCCAUAUUAGAAUAUCUGAUCUGGGUCUAGCUGUUAAAAUCCCUGAGGGUGAAUCAAUCCGUGGAAGGGUAGGAACAGUAGGGUAUAUGGCUCCAGAAGUCUUGAACAAUCAGAGAUACACCCUCAGCCCUGACUACUGGGGGCUAGGCUGCCUCAUUUAUGAAAUGAUCGCUGGACAAUCGCCAUUUCGUGGAAGGAAAGAGAAGGUAAAGAGAGAAGAGGUGGACAGGAGAGUGCUGGAGACAGAAGAGGUGUACUCCCAUAAAUUUUCUGAGGAGGCCAAGUCUGUCUGUAAAAUGCUACUGGCCAAAGAUGUGAAGCAGAGGCUGGGAUGCCAGGGGGAAGGUGCAGUAGAAGUGAAGAAGCACCCGUUCUUUAAGAGCAUGAACUUCAAGCGACUAGAAGCGGGAAUGUUGGACCCUCCUUUUGUCCCUGAUCCCAGAGCAGUGUACUGCAAGGAUGUGUUAGACAUCGAGCAAUUCUCCACAGUGAAAGGAGUAAACCUGGACCAAACUGAUGAUGAUUUCUACUCUAAGUUUUCCACAGGAUCUGUAUCUAUUCCAUGGCAGAAUGAGAUGAUAGAAACAGAGUGUUUUAAAGAACUAAAUGUAUUUGGACCAAACGGUACUAUUUCACCAGACCUAAACAAAAGCUACCCCCCAGAGCCACCCAAGAAAGGAUUACUACACAGAAUAUUUAAACGUCAGCAUCAAAACAAUUCCAAGGGUUCACCGAAUUCUAAGGCGAGUUUAAAUCACCACAUAAAUUCAAAUCAUGAUCAAAGGACUUCAAAAGGGAAUCCCGGGCCUUCUGUAAAUCCGAUGGCCCCCAAGGAAGCAUCACUACCAGGGAAGAAGAAACAUGUCAAAUAGUGCCUGGAUUAUAAAUGCAUUUUCCAUUCUCGUCAUCCCAGAGCUGUUCAGUGUGUUUAUUAACCAGUCCAUGUGAGUUAUGUUGUAUGUGUUGAGUGCAAUCUUCUUUGAUUGCACUUCUUUUAAAUACUGGACUCUCGUCUAAAAGACUCAACUUUUUGCCUUUACUUUGAAUGUGGAGGAUGUAAAAACUUCAUUUUGCAUUUCCAAGCAAUGUAGAUAGAUCUAAAGAUGUCAUGAACCAUCAUGUAUUUGCCCAUAUCUGACUAAUGAUUAAAUUGUAAAACUGCGGAGUUUCAUAUUAAGACUAGUCUUUUCACCUGCUUUGAAAAUUAAAAUUCACAUUUGGUAUAAACACACACAGUGUUCUUCUGAUCUAAUUUCAAAAGCGUAUCCAGGAGUAAAUGUUUUUAAGCACUGCUAAUACUGUAGUCUCUGUAAAAGGAGCAGACACUUCUAAAGAAAUGUUAAAGUUGUCUUUCAUAAUUCAGUCAACAAAUCAGUUUUGUAAUAAAUUAAAGCAAAUGUUCUCCGUUAGAAGAGCUAGUGGCUGUUGGUAUUGUGCGCGCGCACGCACACGCACACACACACACACACACACACAAAUCAUUCUAGUAUCCAAAAGGGUUUUUUAUUGUUGUUUUAUUAAAGGGAGAUUCUGACAUUGUUUUAUUAAACUAGUUUCAUUUUGAGGUUGUAACUGAAGAUAAUGGCUUCUGUGUUCUAUGGAUGCUUGAAUUCUUCAUACAUAAUGUCUACUAAUGUCACAGUGCUGCUGUAUCUAGAUCAAACCACUGUUUUGUUUUGUUUUUGCUUUUGU